AUGUUGGGCGAUGACGUCAAUCCCAGUGAAGUUUUGUCGCAGUUCUUCCAACAGAAAGGCAAUACUCCGUUGACCCAGGUGGAGUAUGAAGGUGUGAUGGCGUUAUUGCUGAAGUCCAAAGAUGGCAGUGGCAAUGGCACCGGCAGCGAUAAUGGCAAUGUAAGUGACAUAGUCAGUUCCAGUGCCAACACAUGUGGACGUCGCACAGUUGAUAGAGCUAAUGUUACUACAAGCCACAUACAGAUGCCAGGUAGUUUCUCUACAACUCCUAAUAAACAAAAAUCAUUACGGAAUACAUCUUUACGAGAAAGAAGUGUGUAUGUAUCCACUCCAGAGUAUAAGCCACACUAUAAAAGCAUAAACAAUACCGUCAACAUUCCUUCCAUCAAGAGGGUGUACCAGUUUUCAGGAUUGCCAUCACCUUACAAGACCAAGAUCAGACCUCCUCCGCCGGUAUCUGCCAAUACUACCAUGAACAACUCAACCAUUCUUCCGAGAAACAUUGCUGGAAUGUCCACCACUGCAAGCUCGCCGUUACCUGCCUCUAAGAAACCUCUUAGUGAAACCGCCAACACUUUAUUGUCAAUCUUAGACGGUAAACUGUCGACGGGAGAAGUUUCUGAAUCUGAUAGGGAGGUGCGUUUAAAACAAUUAUCUAAUCCAUAUGGUAGAGGGAGCGGACUUAAGAGAUCAAAAAGUAUAUCGUCCCAAAAACAGGAGUCCUCUUCGUCUUCUACUGUCUUUACAGCUGAUGAUAUCUCGAAGACAAUUGCAUAUGACCAGACAAAGGAGUUACCCGAGCCUAAGAAGCCAUUGGUGAGCGUUCCUGAUGUUCCUACUUUAGUAAAUACUCCUGAUGUUCCUAAACCUCUGGUGAGUAUUCCUAAACCUCUGGUGAGUGUUCCUAAACCCAUGGACGUUGACGACGAGCCUAGAACAGCCUCAACAAAUACAAAUGGAACCGUUUUUGCACAGAAGUCCGUCGGCAUUCCAUCGAAGCCAAUGGCAGCUUCUUCUUUUUCUUCUUACGAUAAGACCCAAACAGAAUACAUUUUCCCGCAGAUCAAAAGUCUUACUGUUCAAGUUGAUGAAGGAAAAGUCGAAGAGUAUAAGAAGUUGUUUAAUUUUAAUUAA